AUGUCAACAAUGUCAAACGAGAUCAAGCUGCUCAGCGGGAAUUCCCACCCCAUCCUGGCGCGGCUUGUGGCCGACCGGCUGGGGAUAGAGAUCGCAAAGACUAUGAGUCUGAACUAUUCGAACCAAGAGACGAGUGUUACCGUCGGCGAGUCCGUACGAGACGAGGAUGUCUUCAUCAUCCAAUCUACAGCACCCGGCGACAUCAACGAUGGGCUCAUGGAGCUAUUGAUCAUGAUCCACGCCUGCCGGACCGCAUCCGCAAGGCGCAUCACCGCUGUGAUACCGAACUUCCCAUAUGCGCGACAGGACAAGAAGGACAAGAGUCGAGCACCCAUUAGCGCGAGGCUGAUAGCCAACAUGCUCACAACGGCCGGCUGCAACCAUGUCAUUACCAUGGACCUGCACGCAUCGCAAAUCCAGGGCUUCUUCAACGUCCCCGUCGACAACCUCUAUGCCGAGCCCUCCGUCCUCCGCUGGGUCCAGGAGAACCUCUCGAUCAAAGACUGCGUCAUCGUCUCGCCCGACGCCGGCGGCGCCAAGCGCGCGACCUCGAUGGCCGACCGCCUCGACCUGCCCUUCGCCCUCAUCCACAAGGAGCGCCCCCGGCCCAACGAGGUCGGUCGCAUGGUGCUGGUGGGCAACGUGGUGGACAAGAUCUGCAUCCUGGUCGACGACAUGGCCGACACCUGCGGCACCCUCGCCAAGGCCGCCGCCGUCGUCAAGGAGCACCAGGCCAGGGAGGUCGUUGCCAUAGUGACGCACGGCAUCCUCAGCGGGCCCGCCAUCGACAACAUCAACAAGAGCGUGCUGUCACAGGUCGUCGUGACCAACACGGUGCCCCUCGGGGACAAGCUGGACAGGUGCCCCAAGCUCAAGGUCAUCGACGUCAGCGGGACGCUGGCGGAGUCGAUCCGGAGGACGCACAACGGUGAGAGUGUUAGUUACUUGUUUACGCAUGUCUUUUGA